AGACGCAGAAGCACAUAUGGCUGGAUAUUCAGUCUGAACAGUAAUUAUUUUGCGUAUUUCAAGGUUCAAAGUAAAUCUAUUAUCAAAGUGCAUACAGUAUAUGUCACCUUAUGCUACUCUGAGAUUCAUUUUCUUGCAUUCAUUAAUAGGUAAAUUCUAUACCUUAGCAGUGUCUUGUAAGAAGAAAGCAGACACAAAGGUACAACUGACUACACCAAAGGGAAAUAUCAGAGUUUUGUUCAAAUAUAAACUGAUGGCCUUUUGCACAGUAACAAACAUUAUCAGCAGGCAAGCUAAUUAACAGCAUUUAUCAGUAUUUUCAGUGAAGCUCUUAAAAAUAAAAAAAAACUAUUUGCAAAAUGAAAUUAAGAAAAAAUUUAAAUGAAAAGCCCUCAGUUAUUUUUGAGCAAGUCUUAAAGCUUAUAAUACAUUUCCUUUAUCUCUCUCUUACAAGAUGAGGACACCACUAACUAGGCCAGUAUUUAUUGCCCUUCCUCCCUAGCCUCUGAGAAGGUAGCAGUGAAACAUCUCACUGAGACAAGGCAAUGAGAGAUGAAUUAAAUAGAUAUUUUACACUAUUCUUCACUGUAAGUAACAUCAAAGAAACAGUUAUAAAUUGGGAACUGGAAAAAAAGCAGGAACCCAGGAAAAUUAGUUAUCAGGAAUAUAGAUCAACAAUCAGGAAAAUUGUUGAUGCUGUGGGUUGAUAAUUCUUUGGAUCCUGAUGGACUGUAUGUUGGGAUCUUAAAAGAAUUAACUGAGAUCUUUGAUCCAUUGGUUUUAAUUUUCCAAAAUUCCCUAGAUUUGGGAAGGUUUCUUUGGAUUGGGAUAGUAUUAAGUGGAUUCAAAAUUGGGAGAGACGGAAGCAGGAAACUAUGGGCCUAUUAAGAUGUCAAGUGGAAACUACUAGAGACUAUGGUUAAGAACAAUAUAACAGGGUACAGAAAAAUUCAAGGUAAUUAGGCAAAGUCAUUGUGAAAGGAAAAUCGUGUAUGACCAAUUUAUUGGAGUUCUUUCAACAGGUAAUGUGUUAUGAAUAAAGAGAACCAGUUGGACCUCCUGGAUAUUUGAUAAGGAUCUGCCCCAAAGCUGAAGGUGAUAAAUGAAAGCUCAUUGUGCAAGAAGCAACAUAUUGCUGUGGGGUGGAUAUUGUUUUCUCUCAGCCAGCCAGGGUUGGCAAGUUGUGUCAAAUAAUGUAGUACAGUGUUGCAAAUAGUUGAUAACACAAAAGACAGGAAAGAAGAGGCUACAGAUUGAGGUAGGUAGUUAAAUGAACAGGCAAUGACCUAGCAGAUCUGGGAAGAUAUGAAAUAGUCUAUUUUCACUGAAUAAAUAUCGGAGAAACUCGCUAUCUAAGUGCUGAGAGAUUUCAUAACUCUGAGGUUUCAACAAUGAGAAAUGAAUGAAAUUGCCUAAGAUUUGGACCAAAUCCUAUCUUAUAUGCACUUAUGCUAAGGGAUGGAUCCAUGUAAUGUGUGUUGACUUGCUCUUUGACAAUUCCCACAGUGAGAAGAGUGGCAGAGAGAAUUCUAUCAAGCAUGACAGCUCCAGAGCACAGCCAAGAUCAGAAAGGUUAGGGCCUGGAUACUAUAAUGUGGACACAGGAGACUUCAGUGCUAAGUCUAUUGCUGAAAAAUCAUCAGGGCCAGGAUGGACAAGGGAAUGUGAAGUAGACCGCUUUACUCAAACACCACAGUUAUUUUAUAAAGAACAAAAAUUAAGAGAGAAGUUCUUACAGAUGGAUCGCGGCCCAGGUAGAUACGAGAUCCCUAAUUUUCUUGACUUACUUGCAAAGAAGAAUGCUGGAAGCAGAGGUACUUUUGACUCUAGAGAAGAAAGAUUUAAAAAACAAAAAAAUAUUGCCAGCCCAGGUCCUGGAUCAUACGGAAAAGGAGGAAUCCCAUCUGCGGUGCUGGAGGAGAAAGCUAGGAAAUCUGCUGGGUUACGGGGACUGAUGGAUUCAAGCAGUGCCAAGAGCCGAUCUCUUCAAGCAAUAGGUUGUGACUUGGCACCAAAUACCUACAAUAUUAGAAGUGGCUUAGACCAAUUAUUGCAACGAGUGGUUAGUAAGCGAGGCCCCUAUGAUCUCUUUACCACCGAAAGAGGCGAUCGUAUAAAAACAGGCCACUACGCCACGAAGCCACUGAACCUCAGCCCGGGAAUGUAUAAUAUCAAAUCAUUUACUGAUGACCUUUGGAAUGCAGAGAAGAAAAAUCAUGGGAAAUUCAGGACAGCUAAACAGUACCCAUUUCCCCCAGUGGAGAGAAUAUAUUAUGGUUCAGCAAAUCUGUUUCAGCAACCAGCGGGUAACACUGACUUUUAUGACGUGAAACAACUUCCCAGACCAGGAAAUCAAAAUCCACCUCCCUUUUUGUCAUCCACUGGUCGGGCUGGACGUACGUCUAUGAAAAUGCUCACCUGUAACGCUAAUAAUAUUGGUGUUGGCCGCUAUGACCCCAUGAAAUAUGAUCCAAGACCAGUGAAUACUUACAAUUCAUGUUUCAAGUCCAAAACACAGCGAUCCCUGGACAACUUAGAAAGAAACAAGUACAUGGAGGAACGCCUAAGAACUACAACAGCCCAUCCAGAUCCAGAUGAUUCAAGCUGAAUAACAUUUUUAUAUUUAAAGAUAAAAUAAAGGAAUCAGAAACUCAAGGCAUAUCUAUUGUCCUUUAAUAUAAUUAAUAAAGGUAAAGGAUCAACUUCUCCAAACUCUUCAUUGGCACCAGCACGUCUUGAACCACAUGGUGUUGCUCAUACAGUUUACGAAUAGUUUCGCCUUGGGUCAGUUUCAGUAAUGAAAUCUUGGGAGGAACCAUCCAGCC